UUUCUUCGCCUAUUUUUUUUUAUUUUUUACGUAACGGUUUUGAAAUUUUUUUUGAAAUUUUUUCCUCUUUUAUUCUUUUCCUUAAAUUUCUUCCUCCUUAUUGUCUUUAUUUCAGAUUAUAUUUAUUUUUUCGUGUUUAUCAUCAUGUUCUCCUACAAUUUUGCAACGUUAUUCAGAGUAUCUAGAACUUGUUGCCGAAAUUAUCAAAGUAUUGCGGGCAAAUUUAUGAAGAAUAUCAAAGAGGAAAUGGCAAAAAAUAAAGAAUUACAGGAAAACAAGAAGCAACUUGAAGAAAGACUGAAAAAGCUCGCUGACACGUCUGUUAAAGAAAAAUAUAUGAAAAUUCAAAAAGAAUCAAAUGCCAGUACUGAAUUAAUUAAACACCAAUUAAACGAAUUUUCCGAUUAUGUUAACAAGUUAGCAGUAAGCAUAAAAGACAGUCAGAUAGGUCAGGAUGCGUUCAAACAAUUAAAGGCAGCAGCUGAAGUUGCAGAACAAGUAGCAAAACAAGUUGGGGAUACACAAGUUUAUAGACAGGUGGCAAAUACAGCUUCUGAAAUUGACAAACUGGCAGAUGUGCGGAUGUAUUCAAAGCCUGAAGAAUUGAGAAUGCGAAGUGAUUCCUUUACUUCUUCAUUUGCUCAGCGUCAUGUAGAUGUGAACCUCGAUGCAACUCAAGUAGAAUUACAUAAAGAAUCGCGUUGGUAUUCUGGCUGGAAAGCUUUUUCUGAAUCUAAUCCAUAUUAUAAUAGUAAGAAUUUUCAGAAUAAAAAUUAA